GCACUCAUUCUGCUCAGAAUCGCAGUAGUUUGCAGAAUGAUUAAUGUAUGUUUGUUGGAAAAUAUUUACAGGUAUAUAACAAAAACUUGGACAAAAACUUAGACAUAUGUUUAUGAGUACUGCGCAUGUCUACCACAUCCUGCAGAUUUGAAGAGUUUUCUGGGAAAGUGAUUUGGCUUUGGUGCACAUGUUUUGAUAUUUAAACCAAAGCGAGGGUUUGUGUUUUCUGUGACUGUAGAAACUCCAAGGUUGUAACAUUCAUACGAUAUACCAAUUUAAGGAGGAUAAUCGCACUACACAGCACAAAAUGUAUAAGCAUUGCACAAUGUUGGUGAUGAUAGUGAUGCUUCUCAUUGUAACUGGAUUUGUAAGAAGUGAUUUAGUGGAAGAACGGUUGCGUGAACUGGAAACAAAUGUUAGGGUACAUACAUAGCAGAUUGCCCACUGGAAACAAGAUUAUGACAAAUUCAAACAAGACGUUACAAAAACCCUUAAAGAGAUUAAACUCCAGCUAGGUGCCGUACCCACAAGUGUUCCAUCAAAUGCUGAAAGUAGCGUGAAUCCCAUCUAUGAAGCUCUGAUGAAAGGCCUUGCGACAGAGAAAAAACACAAUCAAGAGGUCGAGAUAAGGAUGACGAACAUGAUACAGUCUGUGAGCAAGCAGCAAGAUGCCCUGAACAACAAUUUAUCCACUGUUCAAGAAAAGGUUGAACUUAUUAAUUCAAGGAUGAAUGACUUUGAAAAUGAAACCUCAAAGCAAAAAGAAUUCAAUGAGAAUCUGAGUGAGAAAGUUGAAAGUAUUGAAAACGUUACAAAAGAAGUUGGAUCAAUCAAGAAUGAAAUGAGUUUGAUCAAAAUUCAGAUAUCAGGUUCAAACAAAACAAUCCUGAGUGAAUCAUCUAAGCUGGAAUCAGUCAAUGAUAAAGUUCAGGCUCUGAAUGAUUCAAUUGAAGGUGAAAAGAAACAAAGAUCCAACGCAAUAUCGCAGAUACAGCAACAUCUGAACAACACGCAGGUAGCCUUUUCUGCCAGACUGAGUAAAAGUAUAGAAGACCUGCAGGCAUGGCAGACGAUUGUGUUUGAUAAUGUGCUAACAAACAACGGAAACAGUUACUCAGAAAAAGCAGGGAUAUUCAAGGCACCAAGGAAAGGGAUCUAUGGGUUUUUUACACAUAUCAUGGGCUCAUCAAGGGUUAAUGAAUUUUCUGUACAAAAGAAUGGCGAAAACUCAAUGUAUUUAUAUUCAGCAGGGAAAUUUAAUGAUACCGAUGCGAAUAUGGUUGUUUUGGAACUGGUUGAGAAGGACCAAGUAAAGGUUGUAAAGCACGGGCCGUGGGGAGAGAAACCAUUCUAUGUGCACCAUGACUGGAGCUCUUAUUCGGGGUUUAUGCUUUAAGCACUGUAGAUUAUGUCUCUGUUAGUUCCAAAGCUUUAUAUGGAUACUACAUGAAAACAAUUAACUGUAUUUUCAUACAUGAUUCAUUAUACAUGUACAGUUAAAAUUGGCUAUGUCAAUCUUUGAUAUCUCGAUUUUAGGGUUGUUUUGAAGUUUUUUUCCUGGUUCCGACUAUAUGCCUUGUUACUAAAUAAAACAAUUUCGCUUAUGCUGAUUUUUCUAUUACAAUUUUUCGCUGUAUCUAAGUCAUAUUUUAGUCCCUGCAGUCGAGUUUCAAACAUUUCCUGUAUAGUUUAUGUUAAACUGCAGAUCUAGCUGAAGGUGUGUUAUUUUCAUUAUGAAUGUGCUUUCAUUGUUUAAUGUGCUAUAUUGUUGUUUAUUAUAUCAUGUAUGUGCUAUGCUAUCAUCGUUUAAUGUGCUAUAUUGUUGUUUAUUUUAUCAUGUAUAUGCUUGUUUUAUAUUUAUGUUAGUGUUAUCAAGAAACAUGCUUAAAGUUGACACAAAGAAAUUCAAAUUUUAUUUUCAAUGAUAGGAUUGCUGUUUUCACAACGGAAUAAUAUUACAAGACCGAUUCAACGGGAGAUGAAAAUUAAUAUCACUGAGAACAGAAUUUGGACUGAAACGUCUUGGGUUUGGUGCUACUUUUUUUUUAUUUCAGCUGUAUUGAAUGAUUGUUUUCUUGACUGUCUUCCUGCGUUCCCGACGACUUCGACAUAGCAAGUUUGGACUUUACAAUACAUUUCUAGUUCUUUUGUUUCCUUAGCCUUACAAUUCUGCGUUUUAGAACUUUUCUAAUAUAUUGUUUAAAUUAUUUUGUCAAAUCAGAAUAAAUCUUAACAGAUCAACUUAGCUCAAGGAAUCCACCAAUAAAGUGAUUGUACAUA